UAAUUCCUUGUUCGAAAUAUUCAUAAGUUUAUACUAUGUUUGAUUUUACGGUGGCAUCUAUUUAUCAUGUGAUAAGUCAUUGUGCUACGAAGUGUAGCUUCAACCAGACACCUGACACCGAUGCAAAAAGAAGACAUUUCAAAUACACAUAUGAUAUCAAUCUUCACAGUUCAUCAAAGUUUAUGAUAAAAAAAUCAUCGUUAAAUUUCUUAUCUCUAAAUUUAACGAGACAAUCGAUAGAUUUCAUAUUUUUCUUAAAAUAAUUAUUUAUGUUCUAGUAGGCGUUGAUUAAUAAAGUUUUUGCUCUUGCCCCCUUGAUAUUUCAUACAUAAUACUUAUUUUGUAUUUCUGUGCAGAAACUGCAUUCAACAAUGGAUGGAGGUACCACUGGAUAUAAGCGGCAAAAAAAGCCUGAGGAGAAAAAAAUGUGGAUAAAAAAGCGUGAAUCGUAUGACACUCCAUAUCCAAUGAAUGCAUUGCUAGUAGAUGGUGUGACUGCAACCAGACGCUUAGAGCAUCAUAUGCUUGAAUCAAUAGGCAUCCAAACAGAGCCUGCAAAUAGUGCUCAAGAAGCGAUGCAAAUUUUGUUGACUGGUGUCAAAUUUGACUUCAUAUUUGUUGAUUUUGAUUUGCCCAUAAUCAAUGGACCUGAGUUGGUGAGGCAGAUGCGUGCAAUGGGGAUACAGAGCAAGGUGGUUGGUAUGUUAACAAACUUCAAUGAUCAAAAUGUGCAGAUGUUUGGAGAAGCAAGAGCUAAUGCCAGCACCCCAAAACCUUUAACCCGAGAGAGUUUUGUGUUCAUCACUGGGAUCUUGCGCCGCAUGUGAAACUAAUGCAGAUUUAUUACUAUGAUUACCUAUGCUUAUGUUUGGGAUGAAAAAUAAAUGUAGUUUAACUACAAUAUACAAUAGAAAUUUAUGAGAUUAAAAAUAAAUGUAGUUUAUCUACAAUAUGCGAUGAAAACAUAUAUUUUUUAAAUAUUA